UCCGGCGGAAGCGCGGGGCAGAGCGACGUGUGCGCCCCGCCGGGCCCGGCGCCGCCGCCAUGCUCGACUUCUUCACCAUCUUCAGCAAGGGCGGCCUCGUCCUCUGGUGCUUCCAGGGCGUGCGCGGGCCCGCCGCCACCGCCCCCGUCAACGCCCUCAUCCGCUCCGUCCUCCUGCAGGAGAGAGGUGGCAACAACUCCUUCACCCAUGAAGCCCUCACACUUAAGUACAAACUGGACAACCAGUUUGAGCUGGUGUUUGUGGUGGGCUUCCAGAAAAUCCUGACUCUAACCUACGUGGACAAGUUGAUAGACGACGUCCAUAAGGAGUUCCGAGACAAGUACCGCAACGAGUUCCAGCAGAAGGGCGCCCUGGGCCUCCUAAAUGGCACCUUUGAUUUUAAAGAUGACUUCAUGCGCCUCCUCCGGGAUGCGGAGGAGAGCAGCAAAGUCCGAGCUCCCACGGUAAUGAAGACGUUUGAGCAGUCUCUGAAAUCCCAGAAGACUGUCAAGUGUAUGAUUGAAACCCGAGGGGAGAAACCAAAGGAGAAGGUCAAGAACAAGAAGAACAAAGGUUCCAAAAAGGAUGGAACAGAAGCUGUGGCAGUGCCCAGUAAAGCAUCUGCAGCUGACAAGCAGCACUCAGCAGGGGAUAAGGAAGAACUGACUAAAGAUGAAAUCCUGCAGAAGAAUCGGGAGGAAUUCUUCAGGAGACACAUGAAAGCUGGGGAGAAGUCCAGAUCUCCAAAGCCUGACACACAGAAGGAGAAGGGGAAGAAGCCCCGGGUGUGGGAUCUGGGGAACUCUAAUGCCAAAGUCCUCGAUUACAGUAAUUCCGCUACCAACGGCAGCGCAGAGGCUUGUCCUGUGGAGGAGUUUGACCCUGACAUGGCCCUGGGGGACAAAAAUCGUGAGCCUGGCCGCCUCUAUGACCUGGAGUAUGAGAGUGAUGAUGAAGCUGAAGAGGAGAAAGUUGUCCAGAACCCUUCAAAACCCAGUGCGAAGAAGGGUGGCCUGGGGGGCAUGUUUGGCAUGCUGAAGGGCCUGGUGGGUUCCAAGAGCUUGACCAGAGAUGACAUGGACCCUGUGCUGGAGAAGAUGAAGGAUCACUUGAUUGCUAAAAAUGUGGCAGCUGAGAUUGCAGUGCAGCUCUGUGAAUCUGUGGCCAAGAAACUGGAAGGGAAGGUGAUGGGAACGUUCACCACGGUGACCUCGACGGUGAAGCAGGCGCUGCAGGAGGCACUGGUGCAGAUCCUGCAGCCGCAGCGCCGUGUGGACGUGCUCCGCGAUGUCAUGGACGCCCAGCGCCAUCGCCGGCCCUAUGUUGUCACCUUCUGUGGCGUCAACGGUGUCGGGAAAUCCACCAACCUGGCCAAGAUCUCGUUCUGGCUCAUCGAGAACGGCUUCAGCGUCCUCAUUGCCGCCUGUGACACGUUCCGCGCGGGAGCGGUGGAGCAGCUGCGCACCCACACGCGCCGCCUCAACGCGCUGCACCCUCCGGAGAGCCACGGUGGGCGCACCAUGGUGCAGCUCUACGAGAAGGGAUACGGCAAGGACGCCGCGGGCAUCGCCAUGGAGGCCAUCUCCUACGCUCGGAACCAGGGCUUUGACGUGGUGCUGGUGGACACGGCGGGACGCAUGCAGGACAACGCACCCCUGAUGACCGCGCUGGCCAAACUCAUCGCUGUCAACGCUCCUGACCUGGUCCUGUUCGUUGGGGAAGCACUGGUGGGAAACGAGGCUGUGGAUCAGCUGGUCAAGUUCAACAAGGCCCUGGCUGAUCACUCCAUGGCCCAGACACCACGGCUCAUCGAUGGGAUCGUCCUCACCAAGUUCGAUACCAUCGAUGACAAGGUGGGCGCCGCCAUCUCCAUGACCUACAUCACGAGCAAGCCCAUCGUUUUCGUUGGUACCGGACAAACCUACUGUGAUCUGAGAAGCCUUAACGCCAAGGCCGUGGUCGCAGCACUCAUGAAGGCCUAAACACCAAAUUGCUGUGUGCAGAUGUCCCAGAAGAACCUGCUUUACCCUGUCACCAUCUAGUCUUUCCCGUGUAGUGCGGAACAGAAUGGAGGAAUAGCAGCACAAGGAGUACUUUUUUUGGAUAAACCUCCUUUUAUCCAGAAAAAGCCCUUCCCGGGGUUCCUCCAUUCUGUGUCCAGUGACGCAGACUCCCUUGCAGGGAGGCCGAAUCCAGAGCUUUGUAUUGUUCAUGCUGCACGGGGGGGUGGGUGGUGCCAGGAUCUGCUGUGCUUUUUGGUGGGUUUGAAGGGUUUUUUUUGAGUUGCUUUUGAUUUUUAGACCAGCUUAGGGAGGAGGAGAGAGGGACUUGGGCUUAGGGGCAGCGUUAGAUCUGGCUGUUGAUGUCGCUGCUCAUGGCAGCCCCACUGAAGCUGAUAAACCAAAAAAAGGUGACGGCCUGUGCUGGGCAGGAGGGGACAUGCUAAAUUGCCUUAAAGUCACCCAUAUCUGUCCUCACUUGGACUUCAGAGCAGGGUCCCUAGACACCAUGGAUUUGGGCAGGAGCUGGACAGCUGCAGCAGCCAAGUCCAGAGGAGGAAGGCAGCAUGCCCUGCCUGGCACCUGCCUGCUGGUCUUGGCAUUAUUUGCUAGUAAAAAGGAAAAAACAAACCAAACCACAUUAAUACUGGAAGAGAAUGGUUCUGCUGGUGGCUGCUUGCUGCUUUCCUGCACCCUUUCUCCCCCCUCCGAGUGCCUCUUGAUCCCAGUUGGAAGUGCUACACUGAAUAAUACAAACCUCUCUGACAAUGUCUUGUAGCUCUGUAUUGCAGAUGUGCUAUAGUGCAAUAAAUUGAAUGCUGUCUGCUAAGAGACAUAAUUUAUAUAAAAUAAACUUCAUAAUUUGUUCUCUGUGUAUAAAUAA